AUGUCAUCUCACACCCAACUCUCCUCCACCGCUACUUCCCCCACGAAGCUCUGCUCCCGCACCUACAAGAAAGCUUCCCAGCUGUUCCUAACACGGCGGCUACCAGAGUCUCUUGAGAACCUCCUGCCUAUUUUAACAGUUCCAUCAUCCCCCGAAGAUUCGCAAACAAAUGGCGACCAUCCCGCAGUGGUCGCGCCGAUCGCCACCGCCUCCAGCACGUGGAGAAUCAAGGUGUGGAACUUCUACAUCACCCUCCUCAGCGCGAUCGUAGAACUUGGCCCAGAAGAAGGCAAGAAUCAAUUUGGACAGAAGGAAUGGAAGACUAUGGCAACACAGGUCCGCGAAGGCGGGAUCUGGGAGAAUGUGGUACAAAUUGGAUACCGAGGUCGGGAGGGCUCCGUAGACGCCGAGGUAGUUUACGUUUUGGCUACAUUAAUCCUCAAUCACUCUUCCUCGCAAGCGCUCAAUCAACAACGACUUGAAACAUACCUGUCAUCAUACGGACAACCCAAUCUAGACCUAGCAGAUCGACUAGAUGCGUCGGGCGACUUUCAACAACAACGGAUCUCUGCGGCCAGCGGAACAGAUACACCGAAAGAUCUGGCUGCGAGAGUACGGAUUAUUGAAUUAUUCACAUUGCACGUUCUUCCCCGCAAUGAGGAAUGGGAAUACGCUCAUGAGUUCAUCAACCUGAGUGAAGUUCUAGAUGAAGAACGCAAAGAAUUAUUCCUGCAAACAUUGGAAGGGUUGAAGGAAGAGAAAGAGCGAGGAGAAUUGCGCGCCGCAGAACUGCAACGUGCCAAAGAUGCCGAGCUCGAGCGACAACAGGAUGACGAGCGCCGAAGGGCCGAGGAAGAAGCCGCUGCUGUUGCCCGCCAACAGCAGCCGAAUGGCCACAAGCGGAAUACCAGCGAGGUGGACUACGGUAUUGAGAAAGGUAGCCCGCGCAGUGGUUCUAAGGGCAAGGCAUCCAGACCGGCAGACAAGUCGCCAAAUGGAAAAGCAACACCGCGCACAGCUCUAUCAUCAUCAAAUUCCAAGAAUUCUAAGAAACCUGUCAAGCCCCAAUCCCGGGCCAACCAGGCGCGAGCAGUGGCUACGGCCAUCCGCAAUUUGUUCAAGAAAAUCAUCCAGAAUGUUUCUGGGAACCCCAUGUCAUUAGCCCGAACAUUGCUUUUCCUACUAGGUAUCCUGAUGGCGUUCAGCCGGCAGGAUAUACGUGAACGGGUCCGCAGGGUUACGGACUCCGCGUGGCAGAAAGUCAAGGGCACCGUUGGAAUGGGUGUGAAGGUCAGCUAUAUUUGA